GGGCUGAGGUGGUACCCGGGGUCCGGCGCAAUGGCGGCCGCCCGGGUAACGACGACGCCAAGCCAGGGCGAGGGCGGCCAUGGCAACGGCGGGGGAGGCCAUGGCAACGGCGGGGGCGGCCAUGGCAACGGCGAGGGAGGCCAUGGCAACGGCGAUGGAGGCUUCAGCGGAGAAGGCCCGGGACCGGCCCAGGAGGAGCGGCUCUGCUCGCACUUCGUGGCCAUCACGGGCUGCCCGCAGGAGGCCGCCCGGGCCGCCCUGCAGGCCAGCGCCUGGGCACUGGACAGGGCACUGGACUCCUAUUUCGAGCCCCCCGAAGACCCCCGGCACACGGGCGGCAGCCCCUCGCCCCCCGCCGCCCCGGAAGUUUGCGUGGACCUGACGGACGACUCUCCCACCGGGGCCUCCGGUUCUGCUCAUCGCGGCAAAAGGGAAGACGACAGCACCUUCAGCAUCAUUUGUUGGAACGUCGAUGGCCUCGAUCCAAACAAUCUGUCGGAGAGGGCCAGAGCCGUGUGCUCCUAUUUAACUCUGUACAGUCCAGCCGUGGUGUUUCUUCAGGAGGUUAUUCCCGCGUAUUACAGCUACCUUAAGAAGAGAGCAACUAAUUAUACGAUUAUCCCAGGUUGCGAAGAUGGCUAUUUCACCGUCAUAAUGCUGAAGAAAUCAAGCGUCAAGUUCAUAAGCCGAGAAAUCACACCUUUCCCAGAAACCAAAAUGUUGAGAAACCUUCUGAGCGUGAAGGUGAAUAUACUGGGCAACGAACUCUAUCUUCUGACCUCCCACCUGGAGAGCACCAAAGACUCCUCCACGGAGCGAGUCAACCAGCUGAGAAUCGUCUGGAGGAAGAUGCAGGAGAUGCCAGAGUCAGCGACCGUCAUAUUUGGAGGCGACACCAAUCUCAGGGACUCGGAGGUUUCCAAAGUCGGCGGCCUUCCCGGCGACAUCCUGGAUAUCUGGGAGUUUCUGGGCAAGCCCGAGUACUGCCGCUACACGUGGGACACCCAGGCCAACUGCAACCUGAGGAUCCGCAGCAGGUGCAAAUUCCGCUUCGACCGCCUGUUCUUCCGGGCGGCGGCCCAGGGCGGACACGUCCUCCCCCGCAGCUUGGAUUUGCUCGGGAUGGAGAAGCUGGACUGCGGCCGCUUCCCAAGUGACCACUGGGGCCUCCUCUGCAACUUCGACGUCAUCCUGUGAAGCCCUUUCCGCUUCAGCGGGAGCAUCCCUGGGGCUCCUUCCCGGCAUUCCCCCCCCUCGGAGCCACGCGAGCCCGGAAAGACGAGAGGGAAGAGGAUUCCGUCCCGCUCCGGGCCGCCGCCCCGAUCCCGCUUCUUACGCUCCCGGAAAGGCGAGAGGGAAGGGGAUUCCCUCCCGCUCCGGGUCGCCGCCGAUCCCCGACGAUUUUAAGGACGCAAUUCCCGACUGCUGCCGGGACGGAUCUUCACCUUGGCUGCCGCUCAAGCGCGACCCUAAAUGUUCUCCAUUUUUAUUUCUAAAGCGCAUCCAACCUUUUAAAUAAAGCCUUCCGGAGUUCACCUUUUAAAUAAAGCCUUCCGAAGUUCGCCUCUU